AUGGAAAACACUUUCUCUAUUUGGGAUGGCAGCGUUCCUUUGAUCCAGGGCAUCCCAAUUUCGAACCCACUUGGCUUUUCUAUAACUGCAUUAGGGGGAUUGGUGCUGGGAGAUAAAGUCCAGCAGCUCCAAGAUGCUGUCCGUCCGGGAACAAGCAACGAUUCAUAUUCGUUUUUGAACUCGCUACAACGUUCUAUUCUAGAAGAAGUCACAGCACUGGGUAUGCCUCCAGCGGCAUGGGAGGAUUUUGACGGUAGUGGUCGAAACCGAUCGCAACUCUAUGAGUGCCUGCGGGCCGCUGCCGCUGCUCUCAGGUACACAGACCCAACAUACGUCGAUGACUUCUGGAGCCAGCCUGGUUAUCUGGGCGCCGAACAAUCCGAACUUUGGGACCUGUUCCGAGCCUCUUUGAUUGAUUUCAAUGCUACUGUCCGCCAAGUGAACGAAGGUGCGGACAACAUCCCCGUGGUCAUUGAACUAGAUAAAUCACCCCCGAAAGCUCUGCAUCCCAAUUGGUAUGACUUUAUCCCUCAAUCACCAUGCAAUGGAGUUGAGGAAGGGAGCAAGUUUACCGGUCGUAUGGAUCCGGGUUCAACGACGGUUUUGCUCUACGCCGACAACAACAGCACUGCUUUGUAUUGUUUGAAACGUGACUUCAAGCUACGUGUGAACAAUCGGUGGUCUCUUUCCCUCCAUGCGUUUCACCGGUAUGAGGUACCCCAUGGCGAGGGAUAUGAUGUCUUUGAUUAUCUUCGCGACGAAGACGGCAAACCCCUUUACCCCCAGCGGAGUGUCCUGGUUGCCCCCAUUCUUGCCGAAUCAGCGACUGGUGCCGAUACUCAGACUGGAAACAUCACCGCAAAAAUGAUUGUUAUGGACAAUCUAAUGGAUAAUAAAGCCUUCCCAUGGCAGGCUGACUGGUAUCGGACACGGGUACAAAAGUCUCUCGGAGACGGCUUUGGCGAUAAUUAUCGUUUGUACUACAGUGAUAAUGCCGAUCAUGAGAUAGGACCUGUUGAGCCGGCAGUGCAAUAUCGUCUCAUCGACUUUACUGGCCUUUACGAGUAA